AAAUUAUAACUAAACCUCUUUGUUAAAAAAAAAAAAAUUAUAACUAAACCUCGCUUGUACUAUUUGCCACGGCCACUUUCGAGUGUGAGAUCUGAGAUCACUCAGGGGCUGACGCCGUCCUCAUCCCUGCGUCGGCGAUUGGGUGCUGUCAUCGUCGAGACACUUUAUCAAGUUUUGAUUUUUCGGGAACAUAUAAUUUAAUGGAGGGGCUAGUGGGUUCUUCUCAAGUCACGCAUAUUCCUACACAUUGUAGACAAAGUCUCCUACCUUUUGUUCCUACACUUUUGGUGAAAUUUGCACCACGUUCGUAUAGAAGCCAUUUCAGGAUGAAGAACCUUCCCAACAAGUCUUUUAGCCCAAUCGUUGCUUCGGUUCAACCACUGGAAGAAACCUCAGUCCCUAACCGAUACGAUAACACACAGCCAUCCAAAGGGGCCCUUGAGUUAUGGAGAAACGCCAAUGCAGUGUGCUUUGACGUGGAUAGCACAGUGUGCGUGGAUGAAGGCAUUGAUGAGCUUGCGGAAUUUUGUGGAGCUGGAAAGGCUGUUGCUGAAUGGACCGCAAGGGCAAUGAGUGGUUCAGUGCCUUUUGAAGAUGCCUUGGCUGCCAGACUUUCCUUGUUUAAUCCUUCUCUGUCCCAAGUUCAGGAAUUUCUUGAAAAGAGGCCCCCAAGGCUUUCUCCUGGCAUAGAUGAGUUGGUCAAGAAACUGAAGGUCAAUGAUAAGGAUGUUUUCCUGAUAUCUGGAGGUUUUCGUCAAAUGAUCAAUCCUGUUGCAUCAAUCCUCGGUAUACCUCCUGGCAACAUUUUUGCCAAUCAACUUUUGUUUGGAAGUUCUGGGGAGUUUCUUGGGUUUGACAAAAGUGAGCCUACUUCACGAAGUGGGGGCAAAGCUAAGGCAGUGCAGCAAAUAAGGGAGGCUCAUAAUUACAAGUCACUAGUCAUGAUUGGAGAUGGAGCAACUGAUCUUGAGGCGCGUAAACCUGGAGGUGCUGAUUUGUUCAUUUGCUACGCUGGUGUUCAACUUCGAGCUGCUGUUGCAGCAAAUGCGGAUUGGCUUGUUUUCGAUUUCAAAGACCUGAUAAGUUCCUUGGACUAACCUGGGUUCUUCGCUAGCCCUGCUCCAUUCUUUGUUUUUGUUGUGGUUGCUUGCAUGUUGGCACUAUAGAAUAGAACUAUUUCAUAUUUGUGUAAGAUGCUUUCUUUCCUUCAUUACAAGGGGAAGUGUAAAAAACUCAUAUCAGAAUGAAUAAGCAGAGUUUGAUGCUCUUUUCAGCCUGCAAAUGAAAAUGACACUUUCUUCUUUGGUUA